AUGGGCGAUUUGGAGCCCACGUCACCAGCUGGGAGCCUGGAGCCAACUGAGAUCUUCCCAGAGUCGGCGGAGGAGGAGGACGCAAGCGAUGCUGGCAUCGAGGAUGCAGAGCUCCGGCAGGCUCUUCAUGCAUCGCUGUCGCAUCCGGAGCCGGAGGAGGAUGCGCCGGCGGCUGGGUCUGCUAGGUCGUCUUCGGCGGUGGCGGGUGCUGCGGCUGCCGCGAAGGGCAAGGCCAAGAAAAAGAACAAGGCCAAUCCCAAGGAGCGUCGGAGGCAGAAGCGCAAAGCUGAGGCGAUCGAAGCCAAGCAGGUGCUGCCUUCGCACUUCGAGACUGCUGGCCAUUCGCAUCUGGCGCUGCAGCGUGAUCUCAUCAGCGACCUCAAUGCCUUGCACACCUUGUUGGUCGAGCUGCAGACCGCGUGCAAGUGGUACACUGAGAACGCGCCGCACUGGGUGCGGAAGAAGGCGCCGUUCCCCUUCCCGCACUUUCCAUCGUCUCCGAGCGUGUGGUAUUCGGCGAAGACUCAGAGGGACGCCCGCACCAUGAUGUCUGGUCUCAUCGCUGAGGUCCACGGGGCGAGCAAUCUGGCCAAGCGUGGCUACGAGUUGUGCGUGUACUACCACAAGAUGUUC